AUGCUUCAGGUCAGGCAACAACAGGCCAAGGAUUGUGCGCACCGUCAGGAUGGCGUUUGCUGGACAAAUGUUAGUUUGUCCCAGCCGGAUAUAAUGCAAAAACUGACGGAGCGCAUAGACGACCUGAAGCAGAGAAUCGCUGCUUGGGGAAAGCGGAUUCGACAAUAUACCGAGAGGUCGACACGGUUUAACCAGAAUCGUCUCUUCCAGAGUGAUCAGAAGAGGCUCUAUAAAUCGUUGGAGCGACCAAUGGUAAGUGGAACGGGCCCAGCACCGAAUCAGGCCGACACUGUAGCAUUCUGGCGCGGCCUGUGGUCAGAGCCCAUAAACCACAGCGAGGGCCCUUUGACGGAAGUUGUGGCGAGUCAGUGUGCGAGUAUAACGCCCACGGACCCCGUCAUUAUAACGCCGGAUGACGUAGCUGAGGCGGUCCGUAGGGCCCCGAACUGGAAAAGUCCGGGACUCGACGGGCUGCAUCACUACUGGCUGAAGGGGUUUGUGGUGUGUCACACUGUGCUCGCCCGACAGUUCCAAGAGGCUCUCAACCAGAAGUCGCUCCCGAGCCUCUUCACUACUGGGAUCACGCAUUUGGUUCCUAAAGACCAGGUUACCACAGACCCGAGCAAAUACCGCCCCAAUCACGUGUCUGCCGACCAUAUACAAGACACUAAGAUCCAUUUUUAA